CACCGCUUAUUGUUUUGUUUAAAGAAUGGAAAUAACUAUCACAGGCAGAAUUAUUCCGUUUAUACCGUGCUGAAGGAGCAACUGAAUGCAGGAAUUGUUGAAAUAAUUAAUGUUUGAGGAUGGAUGGACGGAGACGGCAGCACCACCGACACCACUCAGUUAGGAAUAACAGGAGAGUAUAUGACCCCAGGCACUUAUGUCUUACAGAGCCAGGAUGAUGACGGAGAUGAAAGUUUUAUUGACCAUGAGGAUGGCAAUGGCAGCAAAGACAAUUUCCGAGAGCAGGACAUUUACCUUCCUAUUGCCAACGUUGCUCGCAUCAUGAAGAAUGGCAUCCCACAGACUGGAAAGAUUGCGAAAGAUGCGAAGGAAUGUGUGCAGGAGUGCGUGAGUGAGUUCAUCAGCUUCAUCACGUCUGAAGCCAGCGAACGAUGCCAUCAAGAGAAACGCAAGACCAUAAACGGCGAGGACAUCCUAUUUGCCAUGUCCACACUGGGUUUUGAUAUGUAUGUGGAGCCCCUCAAACUCUACCUGCAGAAAUUCAGAGAGGCGAUGAAGGGUGAGAAAGGCAUCACCCCAGUAACAGUCACAGAGGGCCUUGGAGAAGAACUCACAGAUGACAGUUUCACCAGUCAGCUGCCCGCAGGACUGAUCACUGCAGAUGGCCAGCAACAGAACGUGAUGGUGUACACCACCUCAUACCAACAGAUACCUGGUGUUCAGCAGAUACAAUUCUCAUGACUGAAUAAUAGGCAAGACCAGGUCCAGAGACAGAUUUAGAAGCUUAGAAAUGUUCAGGUCAGUGCUGGAAGACCAAGAGAUGCCUGGUUACCAAAGCAGGGAAAAGUGCCUGUUUCCAGGGUUGCUGAUUUGUACAUUCACUUAAGGGAUGUCUUUGUAAUUCAUACAGUAUUACAUUCAGGCCAAUUUGUUUAAUUUGGUCUGCUGAAGGGCCAUUUGGUGCAGGCCACACCAAAUUAGGAUUUUUGUUUUUUUGCAUUUGUAUUUAAUAUCUUUUAGAGUUCAGGUAGGGGCAGUGGACAGACAGGUAAGCCAGGUGGACAAUUUACAUUGCCACAGUUAAGGGAAUUCUCAUUUGAUAUCUAUUUGGAACAUGCGUCUUAAUUAACCUCUUGUGAGUUGUCAUGCUGAUUCUUUGAAUAAAAAUGCAAUCUGUCUUUGUUUGAA